GUUGUAAUUAGUCUUUGACCUUGAAACAAUAUUCUAUUCACAAUAACAUUAAUAAAACAAUUAUUAUCACAUGAAAAUCUGCACUCCUUACAAUCCCCUUCAAAACCCCUAUUUAAGCCCCCAACACUUCCCCACGUCUCAGUCGUUUGAAAAUGAAUCCUUGGGUAAAAAUCUCCCUUCAUUUGUGCAUUUUCGGCUUUUUGAAAGAAAUCCGCCCUUCGGAACCCUUCAUUUACGACUAUUUAAUCGGCCCUUGGCGCAACGUUACUGAUGAUGAAGUGACGAAACAGGUCUAUCCAGUUGGCACCUACGCCAACAUGAUUCUCCUAGUGAUAGUUUUCCUCAUCACUGAUAUCUGUCGCUACAAGCCACUUAUCGUGGUUUUAGGCCUUUCAGGAAUCACCGUUUGGGGUAUGCUGAUUUGGACAACAAGUCUCUUCUUUUUACAAGUCCUUGAAGUUUUUUACGGCAUGUUUUGUGCGUCAGAAGUCGCUUAUUACACUUAUAUUUAUGCAAAAGUCGACAAAGAGCACUAUCAGAAAGUGACAUCACACACUAGAGGCGCCAUUUUGGCCGGUCGCGCCAUCUCGGGGAUCACAUCACAAGUUUUAAUCUCCACAAACAUCAUGGACUUCAAACAACUCAAUUACAUCACGUUUGCGUCUGUGAGUUUGGCAACACUGUGGGCGUUGUUUCUACCGUCUGUCAAUAGGAGUCUCUAUUUUCACUCAGACGGGUCACAAGAUCGGGCGUUUUCGGCCAAAGUCGGCUCGGCUUUUACCCUAAUGAAAAACCAUUUUCUCGACGCUUUUACCAACAGUCACGUGGUUAAAUGGUCGGCUUGGUGGGCACUUUCCACGUGUGGUUAUGUCCAAAUUGAGACUUACAUGCAACCACUCUAUUCGGUAGUACAAAAUUCGAACGAAACGGCCUAUAAUGGCGCCGUCGAGGCCAUCUUGACUUUAGCGGGAUUCCUCGUCGCGCUUUUGGCGGGAUAUUUGAAACUCAACUGGGAGAUUAAAGGGGAACUAACACUCGGAAUAUUUUCCAUGAUUCAGGGGAUUCUCAUCGUUGUUAUUUCACAAACUGAUUAUAUUUUUCUAUGUUACGCGUUUUAUAUCGUUUUUGGGAUUUUAUAUCAUUUUAUGGUGACGAUUGCAAGUGCGCAAAUUGCCAAAGUUAUCGAUGAGGAUAGUUACGGCUUGAUUUUUGGCAUAAACACGUUUUUUGCAUUAGUUUGUAAUUCGAUUUUAACUGUUUUAGUGGCCACUGAAGGAGUUGGCUUUGCGUUAGAUCCGAGGGGUCAGUAUGUUGUGUAUGGGGGCUACCAUCUGGCUAUUUCACUCAUUUUUGUGAUUAUGGGGCUAAGGACGUGUUUUGGGAACCGGGGGGUGAGCGAAAGCAGUGAUAACAUCGUUGAUAACACGCCAAAAGCUUAAUUUUAUUAUUAAGCUAGGCAACCAAUAAUACACUUUUCAAUAAUUAAUUAAAAUGUGUAUUAUGGUUGCAUAACUUUAAUUAUUUUUAAGACAAUUUUCAACAGGUGCAAAAUCUUGACAAGUUGUUAUUUUCUCAACUCCCUUCACACAUUCGAGAAUUUUUUCUUUACUUUCUUCACUUUCAUACCCAAUAUUCUUACUUUUCAAUGUUUCCACGCAGAUACUUCCGUCGUCUUUCAAACAGUCUAGUUUUUCAAACAUGCAUUUUAAAAAACACAAAAUUUCUUCACUUGCAGGGUCUUCAGACGGUUUAUAAUUCCCCAGUGUUUCAGCUGAAAUUCCAGUCUCGUUUCUACACAAAGCUCUUGCUUCGACAAUUUCAUUAUCAUCUGCAAACUAGUGAAAACGAAAACUCGAAAUGUCAGUUUUCAAAAAAAUACCACUAGAAAUGUUUCAAGGAACAAAAAUAGUACAAAGCACAAUAUAUUUGCCAUUUUAGUUUAUUACUGUUGCAGUUUCACACUUUUAUAAUCAAGUUUUUAUGUACUCAAUAAAAAUGAUUGCGGAAGCAAUUAAUUGUU